CAAAAGCCAAAGGGAAUUUCUUGUAGCAUAUAGAUUGUGACCAUCCAGCAUUCAAUAAAUACAGCAACCCCAACACUUUUAGAGAAAGAGAGCAUUUUACAGAUGGGAAAAGCACGUACGUUUGGUAUUGGCAUGGACUACUCUCCUACAAGCAAGGCAGCCCUCCGUUGGGCAGCGGAGAAUUUGAUAGACGAGGGAGACCGAGUUAUUCUAAUCCAAGCUCAGCCUCCUAAAGCUGAUCAUACCAGGAAGCAGCUUUUCGAGGAAAAUGGAUCACCUUUAGUGCCACUUGAGGAAUUCAGGGAGAUUAAUUAUUCAAAGCAAUAUGGGCUUACUCAUGAUCCUGAAGUGCUUGACAUUCUUGAUACAGUUUCAAAGACAAAAGGGGCUAAGGUGGUGGCUAAGGUGUACUGGGGAGAUCCGAGGGAGAAGCUGAUUGAUGCUGUGGAUGAUCUCAAGUUGGAUUCUCUUGUUAUUGGAAGUAGGGGUUUAGGUGCUAUCAAGAGGGUUUUGCUUGGGAGUGUUAGCUACUAUGUGGUGACAAAUGCUUCAUGUCCAGUCACUGUGGUUAAGGGAUCCAAACCUUAAUGUCCUCAAGAAUCUGUCUUGCGUGGCACAAAAUGGGAUUGAGGGCAAUAUUAUGAGGGUCAAUUUGGGUGCAUGCUCUAAUCUAUUUCUUACAGUAUUUUAUCUUUGUCGCAUACAUAUUUGGUAAGAUCAGUAGAUUCAAGUUAGGAGUGAUGGCGUGAAGAAAGUGUGAUGUUUGCAUGGAUGAUUCCCUUAUAAUUUGAGCCCAUUUCUUUUAUGCA